AUGUCGGUAUUGGAAAGGCAGAAUAUUGCUUGGAAGGGAGGACCCGAGCACCAGUCAGCCAUUGGCAUUCAUGGCAGAGUGAGGGAUACGACGGCACGUGGCAUAGAAAAUGACACUGGAACCGAAGAAAGGCCAAUUCGAGUGCUGUGCAACCCGGAAAACACGGAGGCACAUCUGGCAUCGGCACCCAAGCCUAAAUCGAUUCCACCCGAGCGGGACCCAGUCAGCAGCGGAGAGGCUGUUAUUCGGUGGUACAGGCAGCCCUGGGCCCUUGGAGAUGAAGCAGGUCAGAUACCCAUCGGGAAUGACGACAGUCCAAGGAACAUUCCAACGGAGUCUUCAGGCUGGUUGGGUAUCGAAAUCUGUUGUAUUCUCGAGGCCAGCAAAGGGCCUGGAGAGAGAAAAUCAUUGCAAAAAAAGGAACGAUAA